AGAGAGCCACACCCCAACCUCGACCCAACAUUGACCCUCAAAAUUCCACCCCACCCCAAACGCCGCCGACCAAUGCUCCCCCUGAAAAGGGCCAGAAAAAAUCAUUUUUCCCAUCACAGGAUGAGUGAUCCAAACAAGCCCUCCACUGUAAACGACAACCCGACUCUCCAUCUUCGAAACGUGUCCACCGCUGAGAAGAUCGAACGGGAAUGGAAACUCCCAACUACCAAAACCUCUAAUGAGAGAGACCCAAAGCGACUCCCACCCCAUUUAAAUUCCUCACCUGUUGCUUUCUCUCCUCAUGAUUUUGCUGAAUACCCUCCUCCAAUCUCGCCUAUUUGAGUCACCGACUCGCAGUCGAUACUUGGAUUUGAUAUUUCUCCACUGAUUUCGCUGUCUGUAAGUGGGGAGUCCACUGUCUCCAAUGACCUUUCAUGUGGAAGCUAUGGGGAAGGUUGGAAACUUCCAUUAGCUUAAGUUCCUCUUUCACCUCCCCCCCUACCUUUGCUUAGAAUUGAGAAAACCCGAUGGGUUGAUUCAAUAGAUGGGUACCCAGAAACUUUUAAUGCUUAAUCACACUUAGAUUUGGUAGAUAAAGCCUUUAUCUGUGAGUUCGUGUUCAAGAAAAUGCUUCCAUUUUCUGGUUCUUUCUGUGUUUUCGUCUGCAGCUGCGUAUCUCGUCUGUUUGGCUUCGUGUUGGGCUAUUUCCUCAGGUUCUUGGCGGAUGAGGAGUCCGGGAAGCAUGACCCCAAACCAGAAGUUGAAAUUUUCCGGCAAGAAAAUGAGACUGGUUCAGAGUGUUUCGAGGGAUUUGACGGGUUCGAAGAGAAAGAGAAGCCUGAGUUCACUAGUGGGUUGAUUCGCAAAGAUUCGACUGAGGACUCUGUUUUCACGGAAAAUUCUUCCACUGCAAUCGCCAACAAGUAUCAGUUCCUACGCCGGAAAGAUUUUACUGGGUUCGUAGAAGAGCUAGAAACUAUGAGCUUUGUAGUACAAGAGUUGCAUGCCAGUUCGAUUGGUUCUUUCAAUCAAGUUCUUGAUACAGGCACCCCUGCGGACAAGGAUUUUUGGGAGCUUAAUUUGCAAGCAGAGGCUGUUAAGCAAAAAGAUUCCGCCGGAAAAUGUUUUAUCGCAUUCGAGUUAGAGCCUGAGGUUGAAAAUCCGGCCGAUGCUGAUGGCUCCGCCGGCAGCGAAGAAGCUCAGGAACUUGAUCCAGAAACAGAGGUUAUUAAUACAGAAAUUGCAGUUAACUCAACCGACAGAGAUUUUGAGGAAUUUGAGCUAGGUACAGAUGGUACUAAAGAAGCAAAAGCAGAGGACUCUGCCGAGGAUUUUGAGUCAGUAGCAGCGGCUGCUGAUCUAGAAAAAGCAGAGAACUUGGCCGUAAUCGUCCAUGGUGAAGAUGGUACAGAGGGAGCAGAAGAAAUGACAAUCACUGAACAUAAAGGUUUUGAAAAACAAGGGCUAAUAGGCUUGCAAAAUAAAUUCCUGGGCGAGCAUGAUGUUCCGGAAGAUGUCUCAUCACUUUGGGGAAAUUGCUUGUCAAUUGGAAACAGGGAUGAGUUCUUAACCAGUAAUCACAAGAUUGAUCCAAUCAAUGAUGAACUUCUGCCAGAAACAGAAUGCGGUGAAGGUCAUGAACCCAAAUGCCCUGACCAUGGGUAUAUAGAAUUAGAACCCUACUUGCAGGAUUUUGAAGAAAAUUUGUCCGGCAAGGAUUUGCACAAAGCUGAGGGCAAGCAUCAGGACAAUGAAGAUUUAGAGAGCAAAGAAGAUCAACAAAUAGAUGAUUUAGAGAAUUCUGAGAACCCCUGCUUGCCAGAGAAAUCAUGGGUGGACUCUGAUGAUCAAAUGGAACUGGAAAUGCUGUGGGAACACAAGGAUUUGAUAGACCAGCUGAAACUGGAACUGAGGAGGGUGAGGACAAGAGGGCUUCCCACCAUCUUAGAAGAAUCCGAAUCUCCGAAGGUGGCAGAGGACCUGAAGCCGCUAAAGAUCGAUGAGAAGAUCGAUCUCAAGGAUCGAAUUGAAGAGAUACAGAAGUUCUACAAGAGCUACAAAGAAAAGAUGCAAAAGUUGGACAUAUUGAAUUACCAGACCCUUCAUGCUAUUGGACUUCUCCAGCUGAAAGACCAAAUUUGUCAAAAACCACCGACUAUUAGAGCUAUUCUCUUGCAGAAUUUCCGGCAAUGCAGGCCCCAGAGGAUCAGUGAGACGGACCCAACACAGAAGGUCAUCACAGAAUUGCAGAGGGAUUUAGAAAUGGUAUAUGUUGGGCAGGUUUGCCUGUCCUGGGAAAUCCUCCACUGGCAAUUCCGGAAAGCUCUAGAAUUGCAGGAAUUUGAUUCUCAUGGAUUUCGCCAAUAUAACCACGUAGCCGAUGAAUUUCAACAGUUUCAAGUGCUUGUGCAGAGAUUUGUAGAAAAUGAACCAUUUCAGUGUCAACCCAGGGUUCAAAACUAUGUCAAGAAACGAUGUGUUCUUCGUAGCCUUCUUCAUGUUCCAGCCAUCAAAGAUGAUUGUUUUAAAGAUAAAAAGGGAAGAAGAGAAAAGGGGGAAGAUGCAUUUUUAAUCUCAAGCGCUAUGCUAACAGAAAUCAUUGAGGAAUCAAUGCAUGUUUUCUGGGAAUUUCUUCGCGCUGAUAAAGACGAGGCUAAUGUGAUCUUGAAGGGUCUUCAAGGGACUCAGAUUGAGCUCCAAGAGCCUGCAGAUUAUGAACUACUUAUGGAUGUUAGAAAGAUACUUCAGAAGAACCAGAAAAGACUUAAAGACCUAUUGAGAACUGGGAACUGCAUAGUGAAGAAGUUUCAGAAGCAUCGGGAAGGUCGAGUGGAUCACGCAAUGUUCAUUGCUCAGAUUGAAAUGAGAUUGGUUUCAAGAGUGCUAAGCAUGUCGAGAUUAACAACGGACCAACUCGUAUGGUGCUUUAAAAAACUAAAGAAAAUUACCUUUGUGAACAGAAAGUUGCAUAUGGAAACUUCAUUUCUUCUUUUUCCAUGUUGAUACCAGAGGAACUUCCACUGCCACCAUCUUGAGUCAUAGAUUGGUGCACAUUGUAAAGCAGAUGGGAAAAAUACAGUAGUUAGUAUUGCUCUGACUCUCUUGUAUUUUCAUCUUUAUGCUCUUUCCUAAGAUUAUUAUUACUAUUAUUAUUAUUUUUCCUUUA